AAUUUUUCCAAUCACUCCGUUCAUGUAGCUUUCUUCCCCCUCGCAUCAUCAUAUGGAAAUCCUAUUCAACCCACAACCCUCGCCAACAUGGCCGCAUAUAUUUCACCAAACAUAACUCUUCUUGUCCAUUCUCAAUUUAAUUUCCUCCCUGAUUCAGCACUCUUCUCUUCCCCCCCUUUCGCCUUUACUUGAAGAAUGAUAAACUUACAAUCUUAAGAGUUAAGCCUGUUAAUAUGGCGACCCAUAAGCUGUUUACCCAAAAAUCCUACUUUAAUUUCGUGGAUGAACCAGUUACAGCUGAUUUGGUGCAGAGAACGAUGAAGAAAAUUUGUAGGUUUCUGUGGGUUUUGCUAUGCAAUUUCGUUUUGUUUUUGUCUGGGCAUUUGAUCAAACACCUGGCGAGAUCACGAACUGAUAAUGAUCACGAGAAUAAUCUGGAUACAACUGUGGUUUUUAAUGAGCUAGAAGAACCAACUGCUCGAAGCUCCCGUGGUUCGAACUUUAUUGGGUUCGAUGAAGACUACAAAUCUGAGUUUACUUUCGGGUUUCAGUUUCAGAUGAAAGAAGAAGAUUUUAUGAGCCAUAAAGGCGUCACCGAGGCAAAAUCACGGAAUACAGGGGAAGCUUUCAUGGAGAAUGAGCUGAAAACGACGACGAACACAAGUAAGUACCAAUUCGUGUCUGUUCAAGAUUUUAGCGAGUUUGUUGCAGCGCCAGAAUCAGCUAGCUUUACUGUUCAUGAAUCGGUAAUGGAAGACGAUUUCAUCAUUAAAGAUAAGGGAAUAAGUAAAAAAGACUUUAGCGACUUAGAAGUCGAACAAGAGCCUAAAAUCAAAGAUGAACAGAAUGGAUGGAAUGAAACUUCAAAUCUUCCAUCAAAUGAAAAAGUUGACGAUUUCAUAGAACCAGAGGUUUCUUCUACUCAAAUUCAUCAAAGCGCGGAUCUUCCAAAUCCAGAUUCCAUCAAUUCUGAAGAAAAAUCGAAGGAAUCUGUUAAAUUACAUGUGAAAAAUCAAUUGAAUUCGGGUAAAAAUGGAGUUUCUGAGCCGGAGAAAGUUAAUUGGUUGGGGGAUUUUUUCAUGAGAAACAAUAGUUUUUCUUAUGGAGUUCAACUAUCUCAAGAACACGAAUCUGAUUCUCUAGAUUCCCAUCUGGAAUCAUAUGAUUCCAGUAAUGAGUUUAUCUCAAUUAAUCCUCAAGAUGUUGAAAUCAUCAAUGAAAAAGAGUCAGACAGUUUGAAUCCAGAAGAAAUUGACGAUGAUUACAUUGAAUUCGAACCCAAUCUCAAAGAUCAUGUGAACAUACAACAACGGAAUCUUGAUUCCAACGCCAAACAUGAAUCAGAUGCUUUUAUCAAAAAGAUGGAAUCACAAACUGAAGUCAUGAAAACAUGGGAAUUGGAUUUGGAAGAAGAAGAUGAAGCUGAUGUGUUACUUGAACAUCAAGAAUUGAUUGGUCAGAUGAAAAUGGAAUUAAAGAAUGCAAGAACAGGAGGUCUACCCACAAUUCUUGAAGAAUCUGAAACUCCAAGAAUGAAAGAAGAUUUAAAACCUUUAAAAAUGGAUGAGAAACUGGAACACAGAGAUUUAAUGGCAGAAAUUCAGAAGUUCUACAAAAGCUACAAUGAAAAAAUGCGAAAAUUAGAUGUCUUGAAUUACCAAACAUUGCAGGCUAUAAAUUUUCUACGAAUGAAGCAUCCGGACCAAAUGAACACGGGAGAAAACAACACAUCACUCUCAGCCCUCAAAUCGGUUCUUUUACCAAGUUUAUGGCCAUGUAAAUUAAGAAGAAUAUACGCGGACCCCACACUAAAAUCCAUCACCGAAUUAAAUAAAGAUUUAGAAAUUGUGUAUGUUGGACAAGCUUGUCUCUCAUGGGAGAUUCUUCAUUGGCAAUACAAAAAAUCGAAAGAAUUACAGUUAUAUGAUCCUCAAGGCUACCGAUCUUAUAAUCAAGUUGCAAUUGAGUUUCAACAAUUUUAUGUUCUUCUUAGAAGGUUUACAGAAGAUGAAUUGUUUCAAGGGCCUAGAGUUCUUAAUUACACCAAACAAAGAUGCAUCCUUAAAGGCCUUCUUCAAGUUCCAGCCAUUAGAGAUGACAAUUUAAAAGAAAAGAAGGCAAGAAAAGAAGACAAAGAAGAUAUAGUUUCAAUAUCAACAAUGGCAACCAUGAUCAAGGAAUCAAUGACAGUAUUUUGGGAAUUUCUUCACACCGAUAAAGACACCACCAAUUUGUUCUUAACAAUAAUCCUUCAAGGAACCAAAGCACAUCUUCAAGACCCUAAUGAUUCCACCCUUUUCAUGGAAAUCAAAACAAAUCAUCAAAAGAAGGAAAGAAGGCUCAAGGACAUGCUAAGAACAGGAAAUUGCAUAGUGAAAAAGUUUCAAAAACAUCAAGAAACAAUAUUGGAUCAACAUAUGUUUGUUUCACAAGUGGAAUUGAGAUUGGUUUCAAGAGUUUUAAGCUUGCCAAGAUUGAGUAGAGAUCAAUUGCUUUGGUGUCAAAGUAAGUUGAACAAUAUCAAGUUUGUAGAUCGAAAGGUUGAAGUUGAAGAUAGUUUGUUUUUGCUUUUUCCAUGUUGAAAAAUGUAAGUUUUGAGAUAUAUAUGAGUAGAGAUCCCACUUCUUUAUCUAUGAUCCAUGUUUUUUUGUUGAAGGAAGAUGAAGAAGUAGUGGAUUUAGUAAAAGUUUAUGUGAGUAAAAACAGAAAUUUUGGUUAAGUUGUUUUGGAGGGUUGAAGGUGU